ACGGUUAGAAUAAAUAUUUCAGGCCAAGGAUAUUUCAAGGAUGGAGAGGCGGGAACGGCAUCCACUUAGCGUGUAACCCGUAGGAUAUAAGCUCGAGUGGGAAUCAAACCUAUUCAGUUCAGAUUCAAAUACAAGGUUGAAGGGUCAGUCAGUCAGUAUGGAAUCCAGUUAUUUCGCCGUGCAGCGCAGAGCCCUAGAAAUAGCCGGAUUUGAUGCCAGUUCUCCGCAACUCCAUUUGAAACAUCCCAUUUGGGCUGGGAUACUGGUCCUGUCACUGAUUUCGCAUAACUGGCCGAUGGCAGUGUACGCUCUCCAGGAUCUGAGUGAUUUAACCCGACUAACCGACAAUUUUGCCGUGGUCAUACAGGGGUCACUGAGCACCUUCAAGUUCCUGGCAUUUGUGGUGAAACGUCGGCGAAUCGGUGCUCUGAUCCAUCAAUUGCACCAGCUGAAUCAAAGAGCAUCCGAAAGCGAGCAGCAGCUGGAGAGGAUUAAAAGGGAGAACCAGUUGGACGGGUAUGUGUCCAAGGCCUUUAGAAAUGCAGCCUACGGGGUAAUCAUUGCCUCUGCCAUUGCUCCCAUGCUUAUGGGCCUUCUGGGCUACAUUCGAGUGGGUAUCUUUCGACCCACCACGCCCAUGGAGUUCAAUUUCUGGCUAGACGAGACACAGGCCCGAUUCUUCUGGCCCAUAUACUUUUGGGGCGUUUUGGGCGUGGCAGCUGCAGCCUGGCUGGCCAUUGCAGCCGACACCCUCUUCUCCUGGCUAGUCCAUAAUGUGGUAGUACAGUUUCAAUUACUCGAAUUGCUGCUGAAGGACCAGAAGCACAAAAAGCCACACGAUUGCCAAUUAGUAACCUUCAUUCAUCGCCAUCGUUUGGCCCUAAAAUUGGCCGAAGAUCUUAACCAUAUCUUUGCCGAAAUCGUUUUCAUGCAAUACAUGCUGAGCUAUCUGCAACUCUGCAUGCUGGCCUUCCGCUUUAGCCGCAGUGGCUGGAGUUCCCAGGUGCCCUUUCGGGCCUGCUUUCUGGUGGCCGUCUUCAUUCAGAUCAGUUCUUAUUGCUAUGGAGGGGAAUACCUGAAGCAACAGAGCCUGGCAGUUAGCCAGGUUGUGUUCGACAACUGUGAGUGGUCGGAAAUGCCGCCGGGAAAGCGACUUCUUUGGAAAAUGUUAAUCAUGAGGUCCCAAAAGCCGGCCAAGAUUUCUGCCUUCAUGUUCGAUGUGGAUCUUCCACUACUGCUUUGGGUGGCUAGAACAGCUGGUUCCUUUUUGGCGUUGCUCAGGACUUUUGCUCCUUAACGUUUCCGCCUUGUACAGAAAUAAUUUGCCAUUUUCUUGAAAAAUUAACAAGAGUAACUACAGGUGUUAAUUAAAACUAAAUAUCCAUAAAGGAAGCAUGAAAAGAAAGGAUGAUUUUAAAUGAAAACUCAACGGAUGAAAAGGAAGAAAAGGAUGUGCAAUUUUUGAGAAGGAGAAGUCUUUGUUGGAAAUAAAUUUCCUUCACCUAUUCCCAAUUAUUUUAUAGAGUUUCCGCAAUCCCCCCUUUCUUUGAUAGCUGAAAUAUAUUUCAAAAUAAUUGUAUAACAAGCAGUCUCUCAUU